AAAAAAAAAAAAAAAAAAAAAAAAGUUCAAUCAUGGCAUCAAACAAGGACAGGGACCUUUGCUGUUGCUGCAUUCGACUGCGACCGGCCGUCGCUGUGAUUUCUUUGCUGUAUAUAGCUGUCAUUGCUGCCACAACUUAUCAGAAAUAUGUUGCGAAUGAUAAUGGUGAUAAAAUUGCCAGAAUUAUUAUCUUUGCCUCAGCUGGUAUUCAGCUAUUGAUCGCGCUUCUUGGGCUCCUUUCUGCGGCUACCAAAUCUGUUAUCAUCACUAGAGUAUUCUCUAUCCUAUGGUGGUGCCUUACUCUGGUUGUCCUGGGACUGUCGAUUGGGAACCUUAUUUUGGUAACCAGAAAUGACAGAGAGUCGAUUGAGAACGCUUGUCGCGACAACCUUAGAUCAUCCGACAAUGGAUUGGGGAAGGUCACAGAUCCAGAUGAUGAGCUGGUCAACAAGUGCUAUCGAAUGGUUGUAAUCAUCUCUGCAGUGGUAUUGGCUAUUCAGUUCGUGUUGAUGUGUCUUAUUGGUUGGAUAUUCCAGCGGUACCUGAGAGAGGUCAAGCAGGAUGCUGCCGUGGCAGCAGCGCUCAAGUCAGUUGACGACGGUGAUGCCUAAGGGAAAAAAAGACGAUAAUGAUAAUAAUUAAGUAACAUUUAGCUUAUUGAAUAUUGUAGAUAGGCAAGUAAGGCUCCGAACUAUCGCACUACCCUCUCUAUUUAAUUGUAUAUAUUGAU